UAGCCCAUCGCGUGCAGAACCAGGCCCGACCUCAGCUCUGUGCGUGCCCAGGCCGAGGGGGAGAUGACGACGCUGACGCACCGCGGACGACGUGCCGAGGCGGGAAGGAACUCGGACAAGAAGCCCGAUGGUGAGGAAGACGCGGCUGCGGACAGAGACCUGAACGAUGAAGAUCCCGACGACUCCAAAGACAUCCGCCUCACGCUCAUGGAGGAGGUGCUGCUCCUGGGGCUGAAGGACAAGGAGGGCUACACCUCCUUCUGGAACGACUGCAUCUCCUCAGGCCUGCGGGGUGGCAUCCUCAUCGAGCUGGCUCUGCGCGGCCGCAUCCGCCUGGAGCCGCUCUCCAUCAGGAAGAAGAGGCUGCUGGAGAGGAAGGUGCUCUUGAAGUCGGACACGCCGACCGGUGACGUCUUGCUGGAUGAGACCCUCCGGCACAUUAAGGCCACGGAGUCGGCAGAAACGGUGCAGACUUGGAUAGAGCUGCUCACUGGGGAGACCUGGAACCCCUUCAAGCUGCAGUACCAGCUGAGGAACGUGCGUGAGCGCAUCGCCAAGGCGCUGGUGGAGAAGGGCAUCCUCACCACGGAGAAGCAGAACUUCCUGCUCUUUGACAUGACCACCCACCCUGUCAGCAAUGCCACCGAGAAGCAGCGCUUGGUGAAGAAGCUCCAGGAGAGCAUGCUGGAGCGGUGGAUCAACGACCCCCACCGCAUGGACCGCAGGACUCUGGCUCUCCUGGUGCUGGCCCACUCCUCAGAUGUGCUGGAGAACGUUUUCGCCAGCCUGGCAGACGACAAGUACGAUGUGGCAAUGAACAGGACCAAGGACCUCCUCGAUAUGGACCCUGAGGUGGAAGCUGCCAAAGCCAGGGGCGCAGAGAUGAUCUGGGCUGUCCUGGCAGCUUUCAAUAAGUCUUAAAAAGCCCCCGAACCCCCCAAACCAGGUGGGGGAGCCUUCCCGCCUCGACAUGAGGCCAGGGGUAUUUUUGGGCACAGAGUUCCUGUGCCAGCGGGUGGGCUCAGCUUGGUGGGGGGAAGGUUUUGUUCCCCCCUGCCCGGGCAGGGGUGGGGGGGUGAGAGCCCACCAAUGUGGGCAGGUCACACACUGUCCCCAAGGCCAGUGCCUCCAGGGGUUGGUUGGCAGUGGCUCUUCACUCCCCUUCCAGUGCUCCUUGCCCGUAAGAUGCUUGGGCUGGAGCAGAGCUGGGAGGUGGCAGAGCCCAGCCCUGCCUCUGCGUGAGGGAACCAAGCCGCUCAGAUGGGCCAAACCCCAGCAGAAACGGGGCUGCGGAGCAGCCUGUGCUCUGGGGCGCUCCCCGCGCGCUGCCUCGUCCGGCCGCCUCCGUGGCUCCCUCUUCUACACACAGGUCUUGCCUUUGAGCUGCCUGGGCAGGGCAGAUUCCCCUGCGGGGCAUGUGGAUGUCCUGGGGCAGUGUACGGGCAGGGGAACAGGCAGGAGGCUGAUCCGGGGGUACCUGGCAGCUGGAAGCACCCUCAGUGGCACCCCAGAGCCCUUGGGCACGUGUCGCCACCGAGGAGCAGCUCUGCAGUCUGUGGAGCCCUGCCCCCGGCUGUGCCUGUUGCGCGCCUGCGCUUUCGAGUAAGGAAAAGUUAAACUGUGAUUGAUUUUUUUUUUUUUUUUUUUU